AUGGGUUGCAUUCAAUCCAUUAAGCGGCGGAAGUUAACGCCGCCGUGGGGGCCGUCCAAGUUGAAGGCUGAGAAUGUGCAUAACGUCAGUAGUAGUAAUAAGAAAGGUGGCAGCCAUUAUCAAAGUCAUGAUCAAGUGAAGCCUUUGGAGGAGAUUAUUAUUAAUGAUGACGACAAGAAGGGGAGUAAUAAUGGUCGGCCCGACGCCGCCGCCGUUGUCGGGAAGGACGUCGGCCGUGGUGGAGUGAGCAAGUCUCAGAGGGUUGUGUUGAAGAAGAUCGGAGGGGAGGAUUAUGUUGGUGGAUGGCCAAAGUGGCUUGUGGACAAUAUCCCAAAAGAUGUGUUGGCCAGUUUGGUUUUGUAUCCCUCCCAAUUGCGGUUUGUUGAAUGCAAGAUUGGUCACGGGACCUAUAGCAACGUCUACAAAGCUCGGGACAGGGACACCGGCAAGAUCGUCGCCCUGAAGAAAGUCAGGUUCGACACGUCGGAGCCAGAGAGCAUCAAGUUCAUGGCCAGAGAGAUCACGGUGCUUCAGAAACUGGACCAUCCAAACAUCAUCAAGCUCGAAGGAAUCGCGACUUCGAGGAUGCAGUACAGUCUGUACCUCGUCUUCGACUACAUGUUAGACAUCAAGGGAUCCAACUUGUUGAUAGACAGAGAUGGGACGCUGAAGAUUGCUGAUUUUGGGCUGGCUAAAUUCUUCGUUCCUAAACCUAAGAGGCCGCUCACUACGAGGGUUGUUACUCUGUGGUACAGAGCUCCGGAGCUGCUGUUGGGAGCAACGGAUUAUGGCGUUGGGAUUGAUCUGUGGAGCGUUGGUUGCUUGCUGGCUGAGAUGUUCGUCGGUAGGCCCAUUAUGCCUGGCAGGACUGAGGUUGAGCAAAUCCACAGGAUAUUCAAGCUGUGUGGGUCGCCGGCAGAGGAUUACUGGAAGAUCAUGAGGCUUCCGACGAGCUUCCGGCCGCAGCAGCACUACAAACCGACCAUCAAAGAAGCCUUCAAGGACCUCCCAGCUUCCUCCAUCACCCUCCUCUCCACUCUUCUCUCUCUCAAUCCUUCCUAUCGUGGCACUGCCACUUCUGCCCUCCAGAGCCAGUUCUUCACUACAAAUCCAUUGGCAUGCGAGCUCUCUGGUUUACCAGUCAUCCAGAAGCCAGAGGAUGAAGCAGCCAAGUCCAAUACUCGCAAGAAGCGCAAGAAACCAAAGAAGCAAGCCGCCACCCAACAAGCUAGUGAAGGUAGCAAGAAGCAAACUGGUUUCCAGGCAAAAGACGACUUGGAUCCAUCUCCCAAAGAGCUGGAGAAGAUCUCAGAGGAAGAAAGCACAACGAACAGCCAAGACACAGCUACAACAAUAAGCAUAUUCAGCCAGGAAGCAGGAGGGGGGAAUAGCACCAGCAGUAGCGCUUCUUCCAGCAUGAAACCAGUGAGAGAGGAAGAACAGCAGCAGCAGCAGCAGCCGCCGCCAACGAUGAACAAGCUCGCCGGACGCAUCCACCCUUCUUUUUCUCCGGUGGGGCUCCCACAGCUUCAGGACCGGUCAGCACUACGAACCGAGGCGCACCCCAGUGCCUCCAAGAACAUCCAGCACUAUCGCCGGUCGACCCUCGACUUCUCUGCUCUUGAUCCUGACAAGAUCUCCAAGCUCUUUGGGCUCGACGAUGAUCGUUGA